GGCCCACGGAUCUGGGUUUUGUCCAGGGGUCUCCAGGUUUAAAGCUCCCUGCAGCCGCUUCAGCUCAGUUUCCCUGUGACUCGGCUGGGCACGACUUCUUUCUCUGCCCCAAAAGCAUAAAGCUUUACUCUUCAGAACUCUUUUGGUUGUGUGAGAAACUCAGCCUGUCCUUCAGCAACAAUGGAAGCUAUCAAGAAAAAGAUGCAGAUGUUGAAGCUGGACAAGGAGAAUGCAAUUGAUAGAGCAGAGCAGGCUGAAACGGAUAAGAAGGCAGCUGAGGACAAAUGCAAGCAGGUCGAAGACGAGCUGGUAGCUCUGCAGAAAAAAUUGAAAGGAACCGAAGAUGAGCUGGAUAAAUACUCCGAGGCUCUGAAAGAUGCCCAGGAAAAGCUGGAGCAGGCUGAAAAGAAGGCCACGGAUGCGGAAGGCGAGGUGGCGGCGCUCAACAGACGCAUCCAGCUGGUGGAAGAGGAGCUGGACCGGGCCCAGGAGCGCCUGGCCACAGCCCUACAGAAACUGGAGGAGGCCGAAAAAGCGGCGGAUGAGAGCGAGAGAGGAAUGAAAGUUAUUGAGAACAGAGCAAUGAAAGAUGAAGAAAAAAUGGAAAUUCAGGAAAUGCAGCUGAAGGAGGCCAAGCAUAUUGCUGAGGAGGCCGACCGCAAAUAUGAAGAGGUUGCCCGCAAGCUGGUGAUUCUGGAGGGGGAGUUGGAAAGAGCUGAAGAGCGCGCAGAGGUGUCCGAAGUUAAAUGUAGUGACCUUGAAGAGGAGUUGAAGAAUGUUACAAACAAUCUGAAGUCUUUGGAAGCUCAAUCUGAAAAGUACUCGGAAAAGGAAGAUAAGUAUGAAGAGGAAAUCAAGAUUCUCUCUGACAAGCUUAAAGAGGCUGAAACUCGUGCCGAGUUUGCUGAGAGAACAGUUGCCAAACUGGAGAAGUCCAUUGAUGAUCUGGAAGACGAGCUGUACGCUCAGAAGCUGAAGUACAAAGCAAUCAGCGAGGAGCUGGACCACGCGCUCAAUGACAUGACCUCGCUGUAGUUUGCUCCUCUCGGCGGUGCCACCUGCUGCAUCUCUUAUGCUCUUCCUGCCUGUAAUUCCUGCCGUUCUGUGCAGUCCUAAAGCGAUCCUUCGGUCUGAUCCUUCUCUGUAAGAACUCAAUAAAAAUCAGAUCCCUCUA